GGACCCUCAUAAUCUUCAUCCUCAUCAUUUAUUUUUAUUUCAUUACUCUUUUCAAUUUCUUAUUCCAAUCUCUUCAUUCAACCAUUUCUCAAUGAAUUUCUUCAAAACCGUUUUCUCCGACGACCCGGACCCAUCAGGAUCCGAAACAAAUACCGCUUCCUCCAGCGACUCGCUAAACGUGCCGUUCAAUCCCACCGCCGCGUGGAAGAACAUCGGCAACCUAAUCAAAACCGUCGGCGAAAAAUCCGAAUCCGUCAUCGAAAUAUACCGUCGUGAUCUUCAUGAAUUCGGCACAGGUUUGCAGAAGGAGAUAGAAGUCGCACACGACUCUCUCGAAACCGUUGGACACGUCAUCGACCAAUUCGGAAACACCGUGAUUAAAGGAACGGCUCAGAUCAUAUCUCAAAGCAAAGACGCAAUCCUUGAAUCAGAAUCUGAGUCGAAGAAGAAGAAGAGGGUUAAAAAACAGAGUAGUUUGAAUUCGAAGCUGUAUAGUAGAUUUGAUGCUCAAAUUCAUGCAAUUCAAGGUGAUUCUGAUACUUAUACAGAAGAACCUUUUGAUUUGGAGCGGUAUAAUAAGUGGAAAUUGGAGUUUUCGUUGGAAGGGAAAAAGGAUGAAAUGGAAAAGUUGUUAAGAGAGAAUGUUGAAAUGGAGAGUGUUUAUAGAAGGUUGGUUCCUAAUGUUGUUGAUAGGGAAACUUUUUGGUUGAGGUAUUAUUAUAAGGUUUAUAAGGUUAAGAAAGCUGAGGAUGUUAGGGCGAAGCUCGUGAAACGAAUGUCGAGGGAAGAGGAUGAGGAGUUGAGCUGGGAUGUUGAAGAUGAGGAGUAUGAAGAUGAUGACUUUGAUGAUAAGAGAUUGAAUAAUGUGGAAGAAGUGGAUGAUUUUCAAGGGGAAGAGUCUAAGGUUGAAAAAAGAGAUAGUUUAUUGCAAAACAAGAUGAUGGAGGAAUCAAAAGUUGAUGAGAAUUUGGAGGUUGUUCAAGAGAAGGGUGAUCGAAGCCAAGUGGAUAAAGUGAAGGAUUCUGCGGCUGUUGCUGAUAAGAAAGUGACAAUGGAGAAGAAUGCUGGGGAUGGAAAGACUUCACAGGUGGUAAGUGAAAACUCCAAGCAGGAGGGGGAGAAAGAGCUUGAGUGGGAUGAGAUUGAGGAUCUUGGUAGCAAUGAGGAAAAGAAGGCAAUGGGAUUGGGCAGUGGUAGCCCAAGCAAAAUUGAUUUGCGAAAGCGUUUGAGUUCCGCGGCAGAGGAAGAAGAUUUGAGUUGGGAUAUUGAAGAUGAUGAUGAGCCUGCCAAGGCUUGAGAUUGAUUAUAUAUACAUAAAUGUCUUCAAAAUUACAAUGAUCUGCUAGGUAUUUCUACUUCCAAUUUAUGUUUCUUUAACUUGAAGACUUAUGAAUCAUAUCCUUUAUGGGUGGCCAAUUACAUGUAUUUAAUCAUAUGAGAAUCAGAGAUUGUGAUUUAGCUA